AUUACCAACUACCCCCGCCCAAUUUAAUUAGGUAGGUCAUAUAAAUGUAAAUCCGCGCAAAACUCCAGCAACAAACUCGCCAUUAAGACCGAGGCAUCGCUUCGAUCCGAUUCUCUCUCUCCGCCAUGGCGUCGGCAUCUCCCUCCCCUCCUUCGUUCUCCAUUCCUCGCUCUAAUGCCUUCUCCCGCCUCAUCCCUUCCCAAUCCAUCCGCUUCACAACCAUUCCUCUCCGAUCCAGAUCGAUCAAUGCGGUGAAGCUAACUUCUCUCAUUGAUACCCGAAGCAUCGGAUUUCGACCUAUAAGAAAUCGGGCAAGCGAUCGAAGCAGAACCGAUAGAAUCGCGCGAAAUAGCGCCGGAUUGGAGAGAAUCGGAAAUGGCAUGGCGAGAGAAGAAGCUGAAGAGGGAUUGGGGAUUCCGGUGAGGAUGAAAGUGGUGGCGAUGGUGGCCUUUGUGAUGUCUCUCUGCAACGCCGAUAGGGUGGUAAUGUCCGUCGCCGCCGUCCCCCUCGCUGCUCAGUAUGGCUGGUCGAGCUCAUUUCUCGGUAUCGUCCAGUCAUCAUUCCUAUGGGGUUACCUCGUAUCCUCACUCGCCGGCGGCAUCCUCGCCGACAGAUACGGCGGGAAGACAGUAAUGGCUUUCGGCGCCGCGAUCUGGUCUUUAGCAACUCUCCUAACUCCAUACGCUGCGAAUCACUCAACCGCACUCCUGCUAGCCACGCGCACCCUCUUCGGAUUGGCAGAGGGUGUCGCCCUGCCAUCCAUGAACACUCUGCUAUCCAAAUGGUUUCCGCUGCACGAGCGAGCGAGCGCGGUGGGGAUCUCUAUGGCUGGAUUUCAUCUCGGCAACGUUAUGGGUUUUCUGGCGACGCCCGUGUUGGCGGCCACGGUGGGGAUCAGUGGUUCGUUUGGGGUUUUUGGGCUGAUGGGGUUUUUGUGGCUUUCGAUGUGGGCGGCGGGAGUUGCGAAUGAUCCGAGGGAGAGUGAGGUGAUUUCGAUUGAGGAGUUGAGGCUGAUCGAGAAGGGGAAGGGGAAGGGGAAGGGUUGCUGUGAAGAAGGCGGUAGGCGUGAGUUUCCGCCGGUAGGGUUUUUGCUGUCGAAGCUGCCCACCUGGGCGAUCAUUCUGGCCAACGUUGCUAACAACUGGGGAUACUUUGUGCUGCUUUCAUGGAUGCCGGUAUACUUCAAGACUGUUUAUGAUGUGAAUCUAAAACAAGCUGCUUGGUUCAGUGCUCUUCCAUGGGGAGUGAUGGCCAUCUCCGGCUACUUGGCGGGCGCCGCCUCUGACUUCUUAAUCAAGUCUGGUCAAUCUGUUACGCGUGUUAGAAAGAUAAUGCAGUCGAUUGGCUUCAUAGGUCCAGGAGUUGCCUUACUCUGCUUAAAAUACGCUCAAAGUCCUACUGUGGCCGCAGUUCUCAUGACCAUAUCCCUAAGCUUCAGUUCCUUCAGUCAGGCUGGCUUCCUUCUCAACAUGCAGGACAUAGCACCCAACUGCGCUGGAUUCCUACAUGGGAUCACAAACGCAGCUGGCACACUGGCUGCCAUAGUCAGCACCAUAGGUGCUGGUUAUUUUGUGGAAUGGUUGGGAUCUUUCCAAGCUUUCCUCACACUUACAUCAAUUAUCUAUUUCAUCGCCACCAUCUUUUGGAAUCGCUACGCAACUGCAGAGCAAGUUUUCUUUUAAAUUUGGAAGAUUUACAUACAUACCACUCAAUUCUUAUCUAUCUACAUAUCUAU